AUGCCUCGUACUCCCAGAGACCUUGCUGUUGCUACUAGCGGCACUGAUGAGGUUGAAGGUAUCAACGUAACUCCAUCAGAUACCAGAUUUAUGGUUGCUUUCCUAAAGAAUUUCAAGUCUAAGCCGGACAUCGACUGGGACGGCUUGGUUACCGCCAUUGGAACCACGAACAGGAAGAGCGCCGCCCAGCGCUGGCUCAUGAUCCGCCAAAAGUUCGGCAUUCAUUUUGACGAGUCCGCCAAGGGUGCCGUUACUACCAGGCCCACUCCCACCACGCCCGCAUCGAACAGAAAGCGUACUCUUUCUGCCAAAAGAAACACAAUUGAGGACGAUAGCGAUGCAUCUCUGCCUCCCUCUGUUAGGCGUGAGCUCAACCAUGAGCUUAAGAAUCUAGACGUUGAUCACCGGCAGCAGGACCUUGGAUCGCCGGUCCGUCCUCGCCGUGAUAAGAUCACCAUCAAGUUGAAGCGCGGCAAGAAUUCCUCUACCACUAGCACAUCCGGCAUAAAGCGCCCGGCUGAGGAGAGCUUCAACGCCUCAGGGUCCUCGGACAACUACUUGCCCUCUGUAUCCGAGACCGACGGCGAGGGCGAGGAGGACAAGCCUGAGGUUAAAAAGGUUAAGAGGGAGGUUUUUUCUACGCCCCAGACCCCGGCCCAGACCCGGCGCCAGGCCUCAAAGGCUGUUUCUGACUUGGGUGAGAUUUGA